CAUCUUUCAGCCACCAUCUAUAAAGUUCUCUGCUAUUAAUGUCGAGUUUAUUGCUGUAAAAUAGUUCGCGCGGCAAAAUCGCCAUCAAAGGAAAUCAGACUGUCGUCCAUUAAAUUAUGUGCAUCUGCCAGGAGAGCACAAAUGUUCGUCCAAUUAACUCAUUUUAGCCUAAAUGGCAAGAUUGCUUAAUGAAGAAACAUGAAGGUAUCGGGCCGCAUGAGGUCGAGCACUUUGAUGCUUUUUCAUCUAACGUUAGCAUUUCGGGUGACUUUGGGGUUUGUAUUUAGGGAAUCGGUAACAAAACGUGAGGCCUUCAAAUCUAAGAUGUAUCAGGGCGUUAAGCUACCCCUGUGCCUUAUAUGUGGGCUAUAUUCACAGGAUAUCCAGAAGCACCGUCAGGGCUUCCCGUCCUCUCUGAAGUUGUCUAACGGUUAUAUUUUACCCGAGGGCAAGAUGACGCCCAACACACUGUUUGUCGGCGGCAUUGACAUGAAGGUGGACGAGAACGAGAUCAGAGAAUUCUUUGCCAAGUACGGGUCUGUGAAAGAAGUGAAAAUCAUCACUUAUCGAGGAGGAAUAUGCAAAGGGUAUGGUUUCGUUUAUUUCAGCGAGGACGUUGAUAUCCAGACUAUCGUUGAUCAGCCGAUCAGUUUUAAAGGGAAAAAACUCAAACUGGGACCUGCCAUCAUGAAAGAGCGAAAUUCUCGUUCAGUGUCGUCUCCAAUGAUUGGUCCAACACAGUGGGUCAGCCCCACCCCAUAUGUGUAUUGCAGCUGUUGUCCCCCAGGCCUGGCCCCACCCUCACCUGUCUUCAAUGGAGGGAAUCAAUACAUGCAGCCUUAUUCUUACUCCAGUCCUCCAGGAUUUAUGGUCCCAACGGUGCCCAUGAACUAUGCACAGACCACAUAUGCCUACCAGUAUCCCCUGCCACAGUGGUGUGGAGAGCAGAGGACGAGGCUUGUCAAUCAGAACUAUGUGGAUUGUGGCGUCCAGACUUUGCUAACCCUUCUGUAGCCAAACCUUCACUCUUUUUUUGGGUAGACCCCCAUAGAAGCAGAGGAGAACAACUUGAUGGAGAUCAAGCAGUGCACUUCAUUGUCUGUGUGUUUUCAAACACAGUUGCAGAUAGGGUCAUCCUGGGUGUGAUGUGAAGGUGUAUUUUGAGGGGGUGACGUUGAUAUGAUCAUAUGAUCAUACUGUAACCCAAGGCCUCACACAUCCACACGCUGAAACAUUUAACAAGCUUUGUUCACUUUAGCCUAUUACGCCCAUUUAUUUGUAUUGUCUGUUUUUUUUUGUUUGUUUUUUUCGUCAUGGCCAACUAACUUUAAAGACACUUUUAAGCUCACAAAUACAUAUUUAUAUUUUAUUUAUGUUUGCUUAUUUUAAAGUUUGACUCACUGUUGGUGAUGCACCAUAUGCAUUUAGGUAACUGUUUUGACAUGUUCAGUGUGUUUUUAAACAAAUGUUCAUUUGUUUACUGGUUCAAGCUGGCGAGUGUUCACUAUUAAAAUAGUUUUGUUUUGGGGGUUUUCACAUUCAGGGCACAUGUUCCAAUUUUCUCUUUUUGGUCGAGCACCAGGGUACAGUGGCUCCCCUUCUUUUUUUACUCUAUAAAUUUGCUUUCAUUUCAGUCGUUAUCACUGUACUUCCAUCAAUUUUUUCCUUAAUGCUGGUUUUCUUUCUCGUUAGUGCAGUUAAAAGGUGUAAAUAAAAUCAUUGCAUUAAUUCAAAAAUUACAAUACAAUUUUAUACUCAGCCCUGUAAGUCACAGCAGGUCACGGGACGGUUGACUUGUUUUAAAUUAAAGCAAUGACGGAAUAUUGAUAUCACUGUGAACACAGUCAGGCUGCCUUUUUCUAUUUUUCCAGCACUUUUCCGCACCAGUUCCCUUUAAUUGAGUUUUGUUUUUAAAAGUUUGUAAAGAGUUAUGGGUAUUGUUGUACUGAACACAAAGCACUGUCAUUUUAUACCUACUGUUACAACACUUGACUUUUUUUUUUCUUAUGGGGGGCUGAUUUAAUAGCUGUAGCACAUUCAUCACAUUUUUUAAAAAAAACGCUGACUUGAAUUGAAAUUUCACCCUUUUUUUUUUUUUCUUUUUUUCCUUCAUUUCCCAUGGCCUCAUGGGAAUUGUGGUUUCUAUUGUGCUAUAGUCUGAGAGCUUCUAAUCACUGUACUCUGGGUUUGCCGUGUAUAUAGGUUUUGGAUUUUGAUGUUGGCAUUGUAUGGUUUUGCUGUUUUUGUUAAUAAAAAAUAAAGUUGAAUUAACUUA